UCACAGGCCAGCAUGCAAAAAAAAUUCAGUUUCUUUCCAGGGAGGAUGAAAGUUGUUUUCCGCAAGGGACCUCGAGGAUACCUCCGUCAGGAUCCAACUGAUGCAGCUAAGCUGCUCAAGGACAACCCUUCUCUGCAGGACAAGUCUGCACCUCUGAGGGAGGAUAUAGUCAAACAAAAUGCCCUGACUGUGGUCCGUCAGAGAGGAGGGGAUGCCUCAGACAGGGCAGAGGUGCUGGGGGAAUACAUCUUGCAGUUUGGUAAAUAUAAGGGGAAAUCCUUCCGGUGGCUUUUGGAAAAUGAUGUAGGCUACACAAUCUACCUCAUAAAGCACACAGAGAAAGAAGAGGCUGCUGGAGUGUUUAUGAACGAGGGGCACAGUAAGGCCAGCUUGUUUAGCUUUGUGGGCUAUGCCCGGAGCUUUGAAGAAAUCAAAUCUCUUCUAUGUUAUGAGUCGGAAAAGCCCACAACUCGAGCAGUCUCAGAGGACGACCAGCUUGUUGGCUUUGGCUCUCGUGCCAAGAGCACCUGGCGGGAGGUGUGGGACAGCAGGGCUGAUGGCUAUGCAGCCUUCAUCAUGAGGACUAAGUGUUUUUCGGGGACUCAGAUGUACAGACUGCAACAGUACCUGAGAAACAAGGAGUCAGCCUCUGUCCCCUCUCCACCAGUUCUUGCCUCAAGUGCACCUGAUGAACCCAUGAGGAUGGAUGAUGAUGAGGACCUGGAGAAAGCAAUGCUGAGUAUAUCGCCCACCAAGGAACUGGUUCAGUGUUAUGAUGCUGCUUCAUCAUCAUCAUCAUCAUCAUCAUCAUUUGCUGUACCGGGACAAGCCACAGGAAUUGAAAUAGGAACCCUCCCACCUUCUGAGAACUCCUCUUCCCCUCAUACACCUGAGCCACCACACAGUGUUCCUUCUGUUGGUGUUCCCCCAUCGACACUCAGACCAGCCCCUCGUACAUCUGAGACACCACACACAGGGCCUUCUGCUUUUGUUGCCCCACCGGCACAGAGACCAGAUCAGGAUAUAAGCCAUUGGACCUGUUCUUAUCAUCAGAAAAUGUGGAUGAAGACAGAGCUCCAAUCUCUGGGACUGUGGCCUGGGUCUCACCAUUUGCUCAAGCCAGGAAACGCCCUUUCAUUAUUGCGUCUCCCGCCACAGCCAGAACUCAUUGACACUGUGUCAGUGCUCCCAUCCCGCAAUUUCUUUCAGCUCCAUCCAUUUUUUAUUUGGAAACCAGAAAGUGACAUCAUGGUGAGACUGAGAAAUAAUUGUAUUCUCCCAUGUCUUCAUGGUUGUCCAAAGCCAGAUAUAGUCUCAGCCGGUGUGGGCAGGCCUCGAGUGAUUGUUGGCACCAGUGGACAAUACUACAUCUUUGCUUCACGUCUCCGCUGCAGGAUGUGCAAGAGGAUCUGGUUUGCUGACAGUCCUCAGUGGACGGAGAAACUGCCAAAACGGUUCACAAACAUUCUGCCAGCCUUCCUAACUUACAAAAAGGCCAUUUGUAAGUCUGUGCUUCACGAGCUGAGGCGCACUGGCAAGUCACCUUCAGACAUGGCAAACCAGGUGAAUGAGCUGAUGCACCUUAAAUAUGAACAAGCUCACCUGGCAUAUCUUCACAGCAUACAGAACGUCUGGGAUGCUGAGGCUGGGGUUUACGGGCAGACGACUCUUGGUCACCUUGUGAGGAAGGAUAACAUGCCACAGUCUUUUGGAGCCUACGAUGAUGCAGAUGGGUGGUGUGGAGUCUCUGUCUCUGCUCACUACCUGACUGACUGCCUCAUUGAUGAGUACCGGCGCCAACAGCCGGCUAUCACUAAGCUCCUGCAGGGCACUUUUGGACAGGUCUUGCGGUCUGACCACACCAGGAAGGUGGCACGAAAAGUGACCUUGUCAUCUGGUACCAUGUCAAGCUAUGCAGUUAUGAAUGAGAAUUGGAUGAUUGCCUCCUGGGUGAUGGUGCAGUCUGAGAGAGAGAAGUCCCUUGAACCCAUGUACCAGGGGUUAGCAAGGAGGUACAAUGGUGCAGGGGUGGAGAAGGCCAAUUACCACUGGGUAGACAGGGAUUGCUGCGCACCAUUCAAAAUCCCUGACCUUCACCACGGAGAGCACCUCAACUGGGAUGCCUGGAGUACCACACAAUCUAUCAUCACUGAGGCCACUGCUGGGCCUUUGGAGAACACCUGUGCAUCCCGUACACAAUACAACCCCAACAUUGUGGUCAAGUUGGAUUUGUUUCACUGUAUGAGGCGUUUCACACGGGAGUGCACUUCAGAGCAUCAUCCCCUCUACAGCACCUUUUGUCAGCUCCUCUCUGCUGCCUUUUCUGUCGUGGAUCAGGAGGACCUGCAGAAGCUCAGGGAUGCUUAUCAGUUCUGUGGAAUUCAGCCAUCAAAUCCUACAAAACAGCACAUCAGAGAGCACUGUAGGACCAGAAUUCCACAGCCAACAGAACUGAUCGACAGAGUGGAGAAAGUUCUUCUGCAUUUCCACCUAACCACAGACCCAAACAACUUACCUCUCUUCAAACCUUCGAUGCUGAAGACAUGGCGUAUCCAGAGGGUGCACAUUCUCCGUGGGUGCCUCAGUGACCCUGAGGUCACAGAGGGAAUCCUGUACAGGUAUGGGGGAACUCUGCAGCUUAAUCAUGUCCCUGGUGAAGGUGCAAAAGUCCCCAUAUGGAUUCCAGUCAGAGGGACCUCACAACAGGAGGGGUAUCAUUUCCACCAGGCCCAGUGGAUUACUGGAACUCAUGUGUCCUGCGAAUUGUUCCAGAGGCUUCUGGACCUUAAGCAGCCAGAUGUAAUCCUCCCACCUGUGUUUGAUCCAGUACUGAUAACUGAGCUAAACUCUGCUUCAAAGAGAGUGACUGGGAAAGAGAAGUACCCUGUACUGCACCUCUCUGACAGGGACACGGGAGAGAAGUUUGGCCUUGAAUACAGAGAGCCAGAGUGCCGUCCAGUUCAACUUGAUUGGAACAAACAUAGGGUGCAAAAGAAAGAUACUUCUGUUCUUGUGUCUCUCCCCCCUGACCCAACACCACCCACUACUGUGCCUGUGUCCCAGUCCCCCCAAAUUAAACCUGCUGCAAUCCAUAAGGUACAGAUGUUGUCCCAAGGAAGCAUGGAACCUCCAGUUAAAAUGGAAACCUCUAGUACCCCACCCCUGCCUUUGCAGUCCUCACCAAGGAGUGCCCGCACUGGACCAAUCAAGACUGGUGGACGAGUGUUCGUCUUGGACCACAAACGCUGGACAUCAUCAAUGAAGGAGGCUAUAGACGGCCUCCUAGACAAUUACCAUGGACAGAAAGACAUGUUGAAGCUUGUGGAUCAAGACUAUGCAGCUAUGGUCCAUCGGUCUGCCACAGAUCCAAACAGUCUGCUUCAUCCCACAACUAAAUACCAUAUAACACAGUACAUAAAACACCUGGCUAAACAGUUAAACACAAGUUCAUCACUGAACACGAGUCCAGAAAAACUUUUGGAGACACAAAAACUGUGGCAAAGUUUAACUGAGGGAAGUGAGACAGUCCAUGUCCCAGUUGUAGAACUGCCACCAGCCAUUGUGAAUCCAGCAGAUCCGAUCUCACAGCCAGCAUCUGAGAAGCAACUAACACAGGAGAAUGUACAGAAAAUAGUACAGGACAUAUUGCUACAUCAGCAGGAGCAGCAACAGCAGCAGCAACAAAAACCCAGACAGACGAAAAAAUGUCUUGCGUGUGGGCAGCCAAAAUCCCGCUACCAAAGUGACGGAUCAUCAAUUCAUCACUUUUAUCAACAAGGGCCUGUUAGAUAUCACUACUGCUCCACAAAGGUGUUUAAAGCCUAUUCUAUGGAGGGACUGACAAAUCCUAGAAUGGCCUUUGAAGAGUUUGCACAGACUGACUUCUUUCAGCGUGAACUGCAAUUAACAAAGCGCAGAGUGGAAGACAAAGCUGAAAAGAAGAGGAAACUCCCGGACCCUCAACCUCAGGGAAGGUUGUGCCGUUUCUGUCGCACAGAGCUAAAGCAGGGCCCAAACAGCAAACAUAUUCACACAGGGUUUCCAGGAGUGGCAGGAAAAUACAUUUACUGCCCAACUAAAGUCCUCGCCUUAUAUAAAGACAGAGGCAUGGCACAGGAAAUGACAUGGAGGGAAUUUCAAGCCUCAUCAUUCUAUGUCAUGGAAAAGGAGAGAUGGGCAGCAGAGAGAAAGAAAUAGAAAUUCU